AUGAACAACGAAUACGACUAUCUCUUCAAACUUUUGUUGAUUGGCGACUCUGGUGUGGGAAAAUCGUGUCUUUUAUUGAGAUUUGCUGAGAACACCUAUACCCAGGAUUACAUUUCAACCAUUGGUGUUGACUUCAAGAUCAGAACCAUAGAACUUGAUGGAAAAACUAUUAAACUACAGAUCUGGGAUACUGCAGGUCAGGAGAGAUUCAGAACAAUUACCUCUUCAUACUACAGAGGUGCUCAUGGUAUCAUUAUCGUUUAUGAUGUGACUGACCAGGAAUCAUUUAAUGAUGUUAAUCAAUGGCUACAAGAAAUAGAUAGAUAUGCUACAAGUGGUGUGCAAAAGCUUCUUGUUGGUAACAAGUGUGAUCUCACGGAUAAAAAAGUUGUUGAUUACGCCGUUGCCAAGGAGUUUGCAGAUAGUAGGGGCAUUCCAUUCAUAGAAACAUCUGCUGCUGAGUCUACAAAUGUCGAGCAGGCCUUCAUUUUAAUGUCCAAGCAGAUCAAAGCUCAGAUGGCUUCACAGCCUACAAAUAACGCUGCUGGAAAGCCCUCAGUUAAUCUAAGUGGUACUGCUGUUAAUACCAAUGAAGGUGGAUGCUGUUAA